GAAAAAGUGUGAGAUAUUUCACAACUGAGCUCUUACCACAGCCAUUAAAAAUUUGAGCACAUAAUCAAACAAAAACUCAAUACUGUGUUGUUUCAAUCUUCAUAGAUUUUCCGCUUUCUGAAUCCGAGAUUCAUUCAUACAAAAACUGCAAAAUUCUUCGUCGCUUAUUUCAGCUAUGGCGUUUGGUGUUGCUGCGCAGCACCAACUCAGCCACCUUUUCUCCAUUCAUGCAAAUUACAGCACCAACAACCACUCGCCGAUUCACUACAGGUGCUCGACGAAAUGCGCCAAUGGCUAUGGCUCGAUUCGAUUUCGAACGGUCGCAAAAUCAUCAACAAAUAAAAAUCCGAGCACCAUGCCGGAGAAGCCGAAGCCGCCGGUUGAAGGAAAUCGAAUCGAUGAUUCGGAUCCGGAACCGUAUCCUGAUCGGAAUUUGUUUUCCUCCGUUAUGCAUCGUCUUCGGGCGGGAAUUAGACUAGAUGGACUUGGUAUGGAAAUUAUCUCGAUUGCACUUCCUGCAGCUCUGGCUCUUGCAGCUGACCCGAUUACUUCACUUGUUGAUACUGGUUUCGUUGGUCAUAUAGGAUCUGCUGAACUGGCUGCAGUUGGUGUGUCGGGUGCUGUUUUUAACCUUGUUUCUAAACUAUUCAAUGUCCCGCUGCUCAAUGUCACAACAUCCUUUGUUGCUGAAGAGCAGGCAUCUGCUUUAAAGGCUGCGGGUGAAACUGCCAAAGAGCAACAAAACAAGAUAUUUCUUCCUUCAGUAUCAAAUGCUAUAAUGCUUGCAGCUGCCCUUGGCGUCGUUGAAGCUGUUGCGCUCUUCAUGGGCUCAAGCUUUUUAAUGAAUACCAUGGGUAUACCUGUUGACUCACCAAUGCGUGUGCCAGCUGAACAGUUUCUUGCACUAAGGGCCUUUGGUGCUCCACCAAUUGUUGUAGCUCUAGCUGCUCAAGGAGCUUUUCGCGGGUUCAAGGAUACAAAGACGCCUUUGUAUGCUGUUGUUGCUGGCAAUUUACUCAAUGCACUCCUGGAUCUAAUUUUAAUAUUUUACUUUGGUUUUGGCAUUAGUGGUGCUGCCAUUGCUACUGUGACUUCUGAGUACUUGACAGCUCUAAUACUUCUGUGGAAGCUGAGUGACAAAUUGUUGCUUGUUACUCCAAGUAUUAGUGGGCAAAGGGUUGCUAAGUAUCUUAAAUCUGGUGCCCUUCUGACUGGCAGAACAGUAGCAGUCCUUACAAUCACAACUCUCGCCACAUCUAUGGCAGCACGAGAGGGCCCCAUACAAAUGGCUGGCUUUCAGAUCUGUUUUGAAGUCUGGUUGGCUUUAUCUUUGCUAAAUGAUGCUUUAGCACUAGCUGGUCAGACUCUCCUUGCUAGUGACUACUCCCAAGGGAGCUAUGGUUUGGCACGCCAGGUGACAUACAAAGUCCUACAGAUCGGCUUAAUAAUGGGAGUAGCUUUGGCUGUAAUUUUGUAUCUUGGAUUUGGUGCACUCUCCAGUCUGUUUAGCACUGAUGAGGAAGUUUUGGGGAUUGCAAGAUCUGGAACCUUGUUUGUUGCUACAUCUCAACCGUUGAAUGCUAUUGCUUUUGUUCUUGACGGGCUAUACUAUGGGGUUUCAGACUUUGGAUUUGCUGCAUAUUCCAUGGUGUUUGUAGCAUUGAUCUCCUCAGCCUUCAUACUGGUAGCUGCCCCUUCGUAUGGCGUUGCAGGCGUAUGGGGUGGACUAUUUCUAUUUAUGGCUUUGCGAGUGGCAGCUGGAAUCACCAGGAUAAGCACCAAAACUGGACCAUGGAGAUUGCUCUUGUCUGACACCGAGAAGGAUACUACUUAAACUGCCAGAAAUCCUCUCCAAGUCUCCGUGUAUUCAGACGACCCCACUAUUCAGACAGAACGAACAUAAGAAUGAGUAGCCAACCCCGAGUUCUCUCCUCAGGGCGGCUCGCAGGGGCGACAUAUGAACAUAUCGAUACAGGUACAAGAUCUUCGACUCCCUAGUUGACUUACCACAAUGUGAUGAAACUAAGGUGCAUCUAGGGUGCAAACCAUCCAUUUGGGUGCAUCGUCGAACGACUAAGGAUACGAGUUCCCAGACUUGGCACAGUUUUGAUAGGGGAUUGUGAAGAGUAAGGAUGAAUGAAUAUUUGCAGCCGUAUCACUUUUAUUACAAGGCUUGAUCUCUCAAGUGUUAAUUCUUUUCAUCUAUACUAGCAGAAAGAACGUACGUUGUACGUGUAAUUAAUAGUAUUAUUUUAUUUGAUAAUCUAUUAUUUUAGAAAA